AUGACCGCUAGGUACCAUUUUCACAGAGACUUUCACAUCUCCAACGUAAAUCAAGUUUUUAAACGAACUAAUGAACGCUGCUACAACGACCAGCCUCACAACCCUACUGCUUGGCAGGAGAGAAAUUUGACAAUCAGCCUUCACCGAGGUUACGAGGCUACGACAGGAUCAGUUACUACCGAAAACAUCGUUAAACCCCGUGUUUGUGCGCAAUAUAUUCUUUUCAAUUGCCGUUGUCAAGUAAGCAUUCGGUAUCAAACGUCUGAAUCCGCCGGAGACAGUGGGGCCCUGCCUAGUCGAAGAAAGAAGAGGACAACUGUUGCCGAAUUGCUUGAUCCCGUACCGAGACACGUUGUGGAAACGAGGGAGAAAACAAGAGGACAAGACGCGAGACAGCAUUUGACAGGAUCGCAUGACACGUGGAGAUGCUUCAAACUUGGGUGCAAGGCGAAAAUGGCGCUAAGAAGUAACACAUAUCUAUCUGGCUCAAGACCAUAUUCGACCACCGUGCUCUUCAUAUAUGCUUGGGCAUACGAAAUGAUGAAUGACGAAACUUGGCAAGACCUUAUAACUGCAGACACUGAGAUGGAAGGUUUUGAUUUUUUGACGAUAAUCUUGUGACCAGCGAAACUUCAAUACUGGAGACCGUGACUGAAGAUCAUCUCAGGUCAUCGAAAGUUGAUGAAGAAGAGGAUGAUGAUAUACCUGUAAAAAUCGCGCGAAAUCAACCGACGUAUUGGAUGCGAUCAAAACACUUCGCAUUUUUCCUGCAACACCGGCAUAAAUGAAGAAACCUUCAACAAAAUAAACGGAUUGGAAAAUUUCGUGUUCAAAAAAUCUGUUGACUGUUAAAAACAAAUUGUGAUUACAUAUUUUUGU